AUGGAACUUCUUCUACUUCCAGGACGGCAAGUCCGAAGACCUGCUCUCAAACUAUGCAGGACUGGUAGUCUACGAGUCAGUGCCAGGAUACGCCGGGCGUACUCGAGCAAACCCCAGCCAGAUAUCUACGAUGUCGUUUGCGUAGGAGGCGGCCCCGCCGGCUUGAGCCUUCUGACAGCUCUCCGCGCGAAUUCUGCCACUGCAGGCCUCCGAGUAGCUCUCGUCGAAGCUCAAGACCUCAACAAAACUCGUUCAUGGACUCUACCGCCCGAUCGAUUCUCGAAUCGCUGUAGCUCGUUGACCCCAUCCUCGGCACGAUUCCUGGACAAGAUAGGAGCAUGGAGCCACGUCAAGCAGGAACGAGUCCAACCCUACCAGGAGAUGCAGGUCUGGGAUGGCGUCACGGAUGCGCGCAUCGAAUUUGACUGGGCGCAAGGAGCGACGGGGAGCACCAUCGCCUACAUGACAGAGAACCUGAACUUAACAUCUGGUCUUUUGAGUCGACUGGAUGAGCUUGGCGGCACUACAAUUUUCAACGCCGCAAAAGUGGAGAACAUUACUUUGGGCGAGGAUACGGAGGAUCUGGAUCUAAGCCAAUGGCCCAUCGUGCACCUUUCGGGUGGCAAGCAGCUCGCAGCUCGUCUUCUGGUGGGAGCGGACGGCGCGAAUAGCCCUGUCAGGACUUUUGCAGAGAUCAAGAGCCGUGGAUGGGAUUACAACCGCCAUGGCGUCGUUGCUACACUGCAGCUCGAGGACCACGGCUGGGGUGGUGAUGCUAUGAAGAUUGCGUACCAAAGAUUCCUUCCGACGGGACCUAUCGCCAUGCUACCUAUGCCAGGGAAAUUCUCGACACUUGUCUGGUCGACGACGCCAUCGAACGCGGUUCUGCUCAAGAGCCUGCCUGCGAAGGACUUUAUUGCCCUGGUGAAUGCCGCGUUCCGCUUGAGAACGGUUGAUCUGGACUUCAUGCACACGAUGACCUCGGGCCAGGAUGAUGAACUAGCGUGGAGGCUGCAGCAUACAUCUUUUGUUGCAGAAGCCAUUCCGCAGACCGUCGUCGGGGUCCAGGAAGGCACGAUAGCGUCAUUCCCACUGAAGAUGCGCCACGCCGACACCUACAUUGGAGAGAGGGUUGCCCUCAUUGGAGACGCGGCUCACACUACCCAUCCGUUGGCCGGUCAGGGGCUGAACCUGGGACAAGCCGAUGUCGAAAGUCUUGCCAAGACAAUUGAAUAUUCAGUCUUACAUGGGCAGGACUUAGGAACGCGCAUGUCUCUUGAGGGUUACAACUCGGAGCGAUAUACUAAAAACCAUGUGUUCUUGGGAGUCGUCGACAAGCUUCACAAGCUGUACUCUUUUGAGAAUGGACCACUAGUGCCAUUGAGGUCCUUGGGUCUCAAUGCGGUCAAUGCCAUGAGACCGCUGAAAAACUUCUUGAUGGACCAGGCGGCUGGGAAGGGUGUGAAACUGUUUUGA